UUGUUGGAGAUUCAUAAAGUACUACCAAAGAUCUCCAGUUACUGACAGAGAUCACGUGAGUCGGAGCUAUUGGCGGUCAACGUCAAAGAGUCUUAAGUCAACAACGGUGGAGAUGCACAGUGGAUCUAAGCAUCAAAGCAGAUAAUCCUUGUGAACCAAGUUAAAAAGGAGGCUGGUUGGGUCCACCUACAACGAUGUGGCGAUGGAGUACACUUUUGUCGCUCAACCUCAUGCGAGAGGUGUAAAACGCCCAAAGGUAGAAUCGGCUUGUGAAGCGUGCAAGAAAAGAAAGAAACGUUGCCGACAUAGAACAGCGCCCUGGCAGCCAAUUUCUGAUCUAUCAGAGAAUCAAGAGAGACAAAUAUCGCGUUCCAAUGACACUCAACCACAGCAUGAUGGGCCACGUGACUUACCCACUCUGCACACGACAGAUGCUGAGUCCAGCAUUUCAAAAUCAAAGCGGUCUGGAAACAGGGCGAUAGGUUUGACUGAGGGCCCACCCGCAAGGACCCGACGAUUCGUCGGUGACCUCAAUCCGGAAGCGUUUUUGGCCCAAGUUGGUUCUGGGCAGCCCGCACUCGAUCAUGAUCGAGAUAGAGUGGGUAUUUGGGUUGACAGUGCGGAUGAAGAUGAUAAUUCCGGAGAAGCUGAGGAACCGACUCCUCAGGUCGGCCUUGGAAAGGCCUUGCGAGCUACAGAUUUACGUGCGCAAGGAGAGACAUACGAAGAUGUCACACCACAAAAGGAAGACCAAAAUGCACUGUUGGACAUAUACUUUUCCAGUGUCCAUCCAAUACUUCCAAUUGUUGACGAAGUGGAAUUUCGUAAAAUCUACUCGGCGGGAAAGGCUCCAAUCAGUCUUGUCCAAGCUAUGUGUCUUGUGUCGGGAAAGGCGGAACGUUCCCGGCCAUAUCUUCGCAUCAGAGGUGAAUCGGUUGCUCUCAGCUACCGUACUUUUGCACAAAGGCUCUACAAUAGCUUGUCUAGGCAUAUGGAAGAUGGAGCGAAACUUGAUAAAGUUCUUCUCAUCCAAGUAUGUGCAUUGUGUUCAUUGUACAGCGAGGGCCCGAACGGGCUCGAGGAGUCGUCAAUGCAACUCGCCAAGGCCAUCCAAUAUGCUCAUACCAUCGGUAUACACCUGGGCCGAACUCAGCCGGAGCAUCAGCAAGAACAUCUGAAGCAUCUCUUCUGGUCUCUUUGGGGCCUUGACAGACUUAACGCGGGUGUUAAUGGUCGACCAGUAAUGCUUCACGAACGCGACAUAGGACUCGAAAUGAAACCAGAACCAACAUCUUGUGGAGGUGCGUUCCAAAUAUGGCUGCAGAUGGUAGGACUUCUAGAUCGAAUCAUUGGCUUUUACAGGCCAUCGGCCGAUCCUGCAGAAACUGGCUGGGAAGCGGACUUUCCCUCAUUCGAGGAGAUUGUAGAUGCGGCUCAUGGGUGGCGUUUGGGUCGCGGCCUUCUAGUUUCUCUAGAGAUAUUCUAUCAUGCCAUCGCUAUUCUGUCUCAUAGGUCCAGAAUGUCGGACGAGGGACUUCUAUCUAAACCUUCGUCUACUCGUCAGCGUCUAUCGUUACUACAGCUCGUCUCCCUACUAGAAUUUCAUAGCUGCGAAGACUUGGUGCCGCUCCCUUUUGUACCGUACGCGUUUUCACUCGCACUUUCAGUCGCCUAUAGGCAACUGCGUCAGGCGAGGUAUACUCUUCAUCGAGAGAGAGCGAUAGUGGCCAUGAGAAGAUGCUGUCAAAUUCUGACUAGGUUGGGAAGAGUAUGGCGCACAGCUAAUGCUGUGGCCAAAAUAGGCGCUCAGGCCCUUGCAUCUUUGCGAGAAGCAUCUUUCGAUGAUGGCUAUUUGGCAAUGCAGCCAGAGAGUACAGGCUCCUUCAAUUCUCGGGAUAUGGCUUCCGUUGCUAGCGAGGCCUCAGCGGAGAAAUCCAGGACCUCAACCGUGGCAGAAUCGGCGCCCGUGCUAUCAAGCCAAGAGGAAACGUCACUUAAUGGGAUCUUCUCUGGUCAGAUUGAAGACAUUGAUGCUCUUUUUGGAGGCAUUCUGGAUCUCAACCUCCCUAGCAACCUCAACGACAACUUUGCAGAUCAUUUAAGUGGAUACAACGACAUUUUUGACGAUCGUACAAACCUUGACCAGGGGUUUAUUUGACCAGCCCAAAAAUUAAUGAGAGAAAACCGAGGCGUCAAAGGGUCCUUUCACUGGCCGAGUCAUAGUCUAUUUGGAGACACCGGGGUGGGUAGUCUAUACAACUCUGUCCGACACAGGCAUCUUAUUCUUCAAAUUGAAUGAAUGGUGCGUUGGGAGACGAGGGUCAUUAUAUCAACCUCUACUACUACGA